GCAGGAGACACGCUACAUCAGGGACACAGUGUUGUGAGAGACAUUUGAGCUGGGCUGCUGGCUGCAUCCAUACCACAGUGCCUGUGGGAUCGCGGCAGCUAUUUACCCCCAACAGACCGUGGCCUCUGCUUCGAAACGCCAACUUCUUCAUAUGGCCAUUUACUCUGGCAGUGCCGGGACGCUGUUGUUGUGGAGAACAGGGUGUGUGUUUGCGUUUUGCCCGCUUAAGUUUGUGCUAUGGGAUCUCUGGCCCCGGCUCAUUCCUCCGGAUCGGAGUGUAGGUGCGACGUCGUCCAGGAGUUCUUCUUAAAGGGGGCCCCCUUGCCGACCCUCCAGAACUGACUACUGAAGAGAAGGUUCGGAGAACUGGAGGCAAACAUCUGUCCUCCUCUUUCCUCCACCUUUUUCACCGGCUCGGGGCAGGAAGGCAUCUUUUACUUCAGCUUAAGGAGUUUUUGUUUUCCCAAGCCUCCAGCAUGAAAGGCUGCCCACGGCACUGCUGCACCAGCCUCUUAUAGAACAGAGGCUGGGGCAUCAAGAGAGGGGCAGCGGGGGCAAUAAAUAGAAGAGCUUUUUGGAGGACGGGGGAAGCAGACGGGGAGGGACAGGCAGUGUGGUUUUGCAGCCAUGCAGAACUGACAACGUGUUCAAAAAUGAACUCCUCCUCUGCUGUUAACCAGAGCGACCCCUGUUUCUGCCUCCUGGGUGUGGGUUACCUCCCGAACUUCAACACCUGUGUGCUGGAGUUGGCCGUCAUCCUCUUCCUCACCGUGCUCAUCAUCGCCGGCAACCUGGUGGUCAUCUUCGUCUUCCAUUGCGCGCCCCUCCUCAACCACCACACCACCAGCUGCUUCAUCCAGACCAUGGCCUACGCGGACCUGCUGGUGGGCGUCAGCUGUGUGGUGCCCUCGCUGUCGCUGCUGCACUACCUGGGCAGCCAGAAUGAGGAGAUCACCUGCAAGAUUUUCGGCUACCUGGUUUCAGUGCUGAAGAGCGUUUCCAUGGCGUCGUUGGCCUGCAUCAGCGUGGACCGCUACGUCGCCAUCACCCGGCCGCUGUCCUACACCACGCUGGUAACACCGUGCCGACUGCGCGGCUGCAUCGCUGUUGUCUGGCUUUACUCCGGCCUCGUCUUCCUGCCCUCCUUCUUCGGCUGGGGCAAGCCGGGUUACCAUGGUGACAUCUUCAGGUGGUGCGCCGAGUCCUGGCAGACCAACGCGCACUACACUUCCUCCAUAGUGGCGCUGUUGUAUGCGCCAGCCUCUGUCACCGUUUGCUUCACCUAUGGCAACAUCUUCCGGAUCUGCCAGCAGCACACGCGCGACAUGGCGGAGAGACGACUGCGCUUUGGUCCGCAGGACUGCGGCGCUGGUGACGGCCAGGCCUGUCCGGACCGGCGCUACGCUAUGGUGCUCUUCCGCAUCACCAGCGUCUUCUACAUCCUGUGGCUGCCCUACAUCCUGUACUUCCUGUUGGAGAGCUCCGGGAUCUACCGCAACCCAGUGGUCUCCUUCCUCACCACCUGGCUGGCCAUCAGCAACAGCUUCUGCAACUGCCUCAUCUACAGCCUCUCCAACAGCGUCUUCCGCAGGGGCCUGUGCAGACUGUCGGCGGUGCUGUGUGCCCCGUGCGCGCGGCAUGCGGACAGCAAGAAGCCCCCGGUCUCCUGUGCCAUACGUGCUACCUGCCACGCUUAGGACUGGCUGGCAACCACCCCCACUGGAGACAAGCUCAGCCCCUCGCGUUUCCUGUCUGUGAUUUACAGUGGGUGCCCUGUGAGCUGAGGCGGAUUGCUCCGUGAGUUUCGGCAGCCGGCUCGGCUCUUUGCUCACGGUUCUGUGCGAGGUGAGGUCAGAUGACUGAAACCAGAAGAAUAAGGAAACAGUUUGUGCCUCUCAUGUUGAGAGCAUCCUCUGAGAGGUGCCGGAAAUAAAAAAAACAAUGUCAUUUCCCAGAUGAAGACUCGUUUUACAGCCUACUGAUGCAAAUGUGAUUCGUGACUUUUUUUUUUUUUUAGCAUAAUUGUAUAUCAGUGUUUUUUUUAUGCUUUUGUUGUGAUACUUUCAGGGUGCUGCUUUAUGAAGUGCUAUAAUUGUAUCUUGCAAGCAUCUUUCCAUGAUGGCAGAUACACUCGGUCACACGAGACGUACGAGACACGACAUCCCAUCUCCUGGUGCCGAUGUUGUGAUAGCUGAGCUUCACGCUUCGUGAGGGAGAGCGCAGGGCGGUGAGCGUGAACUCCUAGGAGUGGUUGGUUUAAGGAUGUUCACUCAUUUUCUUGUCAUUCCCAUUUUACGAGCCAGCAUCUUCUGGGUGGGCUAGUUGUUGUAUUGUUGUGUUUCAGAAUAAAAGGCAAUUAAUCUCUGUCAGUUUUAAGUGGCAGAGUUGAACUGUGACACUGUGCAUGAAGAAUUAGCAGUACAAAACAAUCAGGCCGAGAUGUUUGUCCGUUUCUGAGAUGUUUAUUGUAUUAAAGUUAUUACGAACCCCAGACCUUGAAGAGGCUGAACACUUAAUGAAAUAAAAACAGAACUAUAAUAAUCUU